GCGCUACGCAUCUUCCUCAUUAUGCAAUCUCAGUGGGCUGCCAUUGGCCCGCACAAGCAACAGCUGUUUCCUACAGCCAAUAAGGUACCCGCCGUGGUCGGUCCAGAAAGAUGGGGAACUUUCAUAAGCAUUCAGAAACGCACCAUCAGCGGCCCAUCGCCGCUGCGGCGUGCCGCAGCCGGCGAUGGCGUGAUUGCGCCUGGCUGUAUGAACAGCAUCAUCGACAUGCCUAACAAGUACACACAGGGAAGGAACUGGUGGAGAGAGGGGUCGUGCCUGCCUGUGGAGGGGAAGCUAUAUUUAUUUACUGCCGCCCGCCGCCCUCUGCGUCUAUCUGUCUGUCUGUCUGCUUCACCUCUACUCGUAUUAUUACUCGUCUCUCUCGAACAAGCUUCAUCCUUCAACCGUCACAAUGGCCACCGAACGUGCUCCUCUCCGCUUGGGCUCUGUUGCCCCGGACUUCGAUGCUGAGACCUCCAACGGUCCCAUCAACUUCCACAACUUCAUUGGCGACAACUGGGUUGUCCUGUUCUCCCACCCUGAUGACUUCACUCCCAUUUGCACUACUGAGCUCGGUGCUUUCGCGAAGCUCGAGCCUGAGUUCAACGCUAUUGGCGUCAAGCUCAUCGGCCUGAGCGCCAACAACGUUGACUCUCACCACAAGUGGAUCAAGGACAUUGACGAGGUCGCUGGCUCCAACCUCAAGUUCCCCAUCAUCUCCGACCCCGAGCGAAAGGUCGCUUACCUGUACGACAUGGUUGACUACCAGGACACCACCAACGUCGACUCCAAGGGUCUCGCUCUGACCAUCCGUACCGUCUUCGUCAUCGACCCCAGCAAGAAGAUCCGUCUCACCCUCUCCUACCCUGCCUCGACUGGUCGUAACACUGCCGAGGUUCUCCGUGUUGUCCAGGCCCUCCAGACCACUGACAAGAAGGGCGUCACCACCCCCAUCAACUGGCUCCCUGGUGACGACGUCGUCAUUCCCCCAGUUGUCUCAGACGAGGCUGCCAAGGCCAAGUUUGGCGCCGAGAACAUCCGUACCGUCAAGCCUUACCUCCGCUUCACCAACGUUGGCAAGUAAAUGCAUGCGAAGCAGACGAUAUUGUACGAAAAUAGCGGAAGCUAGCCAUUUUGAUUUCAUAUGUGAUGCCAUUAAUGAUACCGAAGCUGUUAGAAGCUUAAUGAAAUGAUUAUUCAACUACAUGCCUAUGGUUUAUCCUUAAGUUCUUGGCGUUGCCGCCUAAAAUACAUGAAACGAGACCAGCGCGAAACGGAGCGGUGAUUCGCCGAUGCAUUCUGGAGAACCUCCAGCACUGCAGCUACUGCGGUUAGCGCUGGUACUUUUCACUUGAGACGCAAGGCAGCCGUUGUGCACAGUGUAUAAUACGUAGUGGUAGUAAUAAGAGUAAUAUGAUGUGUUGAUGCUAAUGAUGCCCCGGCUGUUCCCUUCCCCUUGCAUAUUCGCCGAGAGAAGUUUUCAUGUGUGCCUCGAGAAUAAUGGCCGAUUAGUC